CAACAAUGAAGAUGAACAAGACAGAAACCUAAACCUAAAACCCUGCAUUGCUGAACCAUAAUUUAGGAACAUUGUGUAGAGAUAGAGAAACAGUGAGAGAAUUUGAACUUGAAAGGACAACACUAUCAGCUUCAGAUCAUCAUUCUUCACUCAUCAGAGAUGGCUGCAGUUGAUAGCAGAAAGAAAUCGGUGGUUUUGGCUCUCUGCAAGCACCUUCAAUUGGAUUCUAGUGUUAUUCCAGCUGAUAAUUUUGAUAAUGAUAUUAAGACUCUUUACUUGAACAUCGCAGCAGCAUCUGGACAGGAGGUUAAUCACUCUGUUGAGGUGUUGAAGUGGGUGGCAUUCGCAGAAGCCUUCCCUGUGGCCCUUGACGCAAGCUUUGAGAAUCUCAAGAAAUUAAAUGACGAACUGUCUGAUAAGUCUGUGCUCCUGGGUAAUGGAUUGAAACCCUCUGAAGCUGAUGUUGUAGUGUUUUCAGUGAUUCAUUCUUCCCUGAUCAGUAUUUCAGAUACAGACAAGGAAAAGCUGCCACAUGUUUUGAGAUGGAUGGACUACAUCCAGCACAAGCAGGAGCUUAUAGGUUUAUUCGAGGAAAUAUUGUUGCAGAAGCCUGAUUUUGAUCCCCCGGUAACAAAAUCUAUUGGAGCUGUGGAAGCUGAUUCAAAAACUAACAAGACUGAGCAAAGCAUAAAGAAUACAAACAAGCCAGAAGCAGACAUAAGCAAGGAUAAAAACAAAGCUGAGAUUAAGGAAAAGUCAACAGGAGACAAACAGCCUAGUAAACCCAAGGCAAAAUCUGCUGAUAAAGAGGGGGCUGAGAAACAACCAAGUAAACCCAAGGCAAAAUCUUCUGAUAAAGAGGUGGCUGAGAAAGAUAAUGAAGUCAGUGUCAGUUUGCUUAAUAUUCAAGUUGGACUAAUUCGCAAAGCUUGGAAGCAUCCAUCUGCAGAUAGUUUGCUAGUUGAGGAGAUAGAUGUUGGGGAAGCCAAAUUGCGGCAGGUAGUCAGUGGUUUGGCAAAGUAUUGCACUCCUGAUGAUUUGACGAACCGACGUGUUGUACUCAUUACUAAUGUUAAGCCUGGAAAACUGCGGGAUGUGAUGUCUGAAGGACUGGUCUUGUGUGCUUCCAAUGAAGGUCCCACAGUUGUGGAGCCCUUGCUUCCUCCAGAAGGAGCUAAAAUUGGGGAGCGAGUUACUUUUUCCGGGUUUGAUGGAAAGCCAGAAGAUGUACUUAAUCCAAAAAAGAAACAAUUGGACAAGAUUACACCGUAUCUUUUCACUGAUGACAAAGGUGUGGCUACAUUCAAGGGAAUUCCAUUUAUGACUUCUGGUGGACCAUGUACAUCAUCCAUUUCCAGAGCAACUGUAAAAUGAAGAUGUGGCCCUUUCAUUGCUGUUUUGACUACACAGAUUGUGUUGGUACCACAAAAUAUUUUGAGUUUUGAGCUUCGUAAAUUCACAUAACUAUUUUGUUGCACCUGCUUUACGUGGGUAUUAAAUGCUACAAAUGCAACUAAGUGUCAAAAAGUAACUUUUUUGCAUUGCAAAAGGAAACAAAGUGUUUAAAAUUAUAGGAGUACUUACAAUCUUUCAACUAA